ACGGAGGUUGUUCAACUAACCUCCUGCUUCGUUUGAUCUCCGCCGCUGACGUCAGAAUCUCCUCAUCAUCCUCCUCUGCUCCAAAGCAAAGGGAGCAAGAAAGCAAUGAAUCUGAUUACGAAUAAGGUUGAUAGAGACGAGCUUAAACCUGGCGAUCACAUCUACACUUACCGAGCCGUCUUCGCCUACUCUCACCACGGUGUGUUUGUUGGUGGUUGUAAGGUGGUUCAUUUCAAACCUGAGCAAAGCUUGAAAGCUUCUUCUUCUUCUACAGCUUCUUCAGAGGUUAAUAAUGAUUCUUCUUCUUCAGAACCCCCUUGCCCAACAUACCCUGACUGUGGAUUCAAACAACCGAACAGCGGAGUACUCCUCUCUUGCCUCGACUGUUUCCUCAAGAACGGCUCUCUCUACCGUUUUACUUACGGUGUCAGCUCAUCCAUGUUCCUGACUAGAGUCCGCGGUGGCACUUGCACAACCGCUCCAUCUGAUCCCUUUCAAACAGUCGUCCACAGAUCAAUGCACCUUCUCCAGAACGGGUUCGGCAACUACGACGUCUUCCAGAACAACUGCGAAGACUUUGCUCUCUACUGCAAGACGGGGUUGCUCAUUCUUGAUAAGAACGGUGUUGGGAGAAGCGGUCAAGCCAGCUCUAUUCUCGGCGCUCCUUUGGCUGCGCUCCUCUCUUCGCCUCUCACGUUGUUGAUUCCCAAUCCUGUUGGUGUAGCAACGGUCACUGCUGGGAUGUAUUGUAUGAGCAGGUAUGCUACUGACAUUGGUGUUAGAACCGAUGUGAUCAAGGUUCCUGUUGAGGAUUUGGCUCUGAACCUCGGCACUAAAACCCUCAAGAAAAGGUGAAGGCGUUUGAGUCUUGCGUUUGCAAGUGAACAUAGAUUCUAUCAUGUACAUAAGCAGACUAUGGUGACAAUGUUUUUAGCUAUGAUCUUGUUUUUUCUAUGGUGACAAUGUAAGGAUUCUCUAGAUUUCAUUAUCAAGAUUUAGUUCUAUAACUUGCUUUUUG